CGCAGCGCAACAGUUCUUUCAACACGGAGUCCAUAAUUCAUCGUUAACAAAAGGAAGACGUUUGGGUUUAAAUUGGGGAUUGCAAUCGGUUGAGCUGCGAUGCGAUUGGCCAGUGUGCAAGCGCGGGCUCGUCGGGCGGCUGAGGAGAGAGAAGAGCCGCCCCCAGGCCCCGCCCCUCCCUCCACCCACCACUCUGAUCACCAGUUCAAGAACAUGAAGAGCAAGUUCUUCAACGAACUCACCCACAUGCCAAAUCAUAAACUCAAAAUGCCCAUGUGGGCAAUAGGAGCCAUAGUGGUGGUGGUGCUGGCUCUGGUGGCCUGUCUUUGUUUCUGUAUCUGGAAGAAGUGCAUCAACAAGGGCAAGAAGCCCAAGAAAGUGCGCGAGAGGAAAGGAGGCCGGGGCAGAAGAAAGAAGGAGGGAGCCGGAGAAGGAGAGGAGGGCAAGGAAGGAGAGGGUAAGGAAGGAGAGGAGGAGGAAAAAGAGAAUUUCGGAAAACUGGAGUUCACCCUGGACUACAACUUCACUGACAACCAGCUGAUCGUGGGCAUCCUGCAGGCUGAAAACCUGGCAGCCAUGGACAUGGGCGGCACCUCAGACCCCUAUGUCAAGGUCUACAUGCUACCAGACAAGAAGAAGAAGUUUGAGACCAAAGUCCAGCGCAAGAACCUAUGCCCCGUGUUCAAUGAGACCUUCAUCUUCAAGAUCCCCUACCAGGAGCUGGGCGGUCAGACUCUGGUCCUGCAGGUCUUUGACUUUGAUCGCUUUGGUAAACAUGACGUGAUUGGGCAGAUCUCCAUCCCCAUGAACAGUGUGGACCUGGCUCAGCCACUCCACGAAUGGAGGGAUCUGGUUGGAGGAGAGAAAGAGGAGGUAGAGAAGCUAGGGGACAUCUGUAUCUCUCUGCGCUACGUCCCCACGGCCGGUAAAUUGACCAUCAACAUCAUGGAGGCCAAGCACCUGAAGGCGAUGGACUGUGGAGGCUUGUCAGAUCCCUUCGUUAAAGUGGUGCUGCAGCACCAAGGCAAGCGGCUGAAGAAGAAGAAGACGACGGUCAAACAGAACACUCUGAACCCCUACUUCAACGAAAGCUUCAGCUUCGAGAUCCCCUUUGGCCAAAUACAGAAAGUCCAAGUGUUGAUCACGGUGUACGAUUACGACAAGCUGGGCAGCAACGACGCCAUCGGGAAGGUUUGGAUCGGCUUCGGCGCCUCAGGGGUGGGCCUCCGCCAUUGGUCAGACAUGCUGGCCAAUCCAAGACGUCCCGUGGCCCAGUGGCACGCCCUGUGUCCUGAGGAGGAGGUGGAUGAAGCCCUGAAGAAACCCCUCCGCUAAACACACACACGUACACUGAGCAUUCCUGUGCAUGUUCAAAGAAAACAGCACAAGACCUGAAAAUUACACAACAGCGAAUAAGCUCAGCAGUGCUGAUCAUGACACAACGGCACUACUCAAAUAGAAACUUCCAAGAAAACCAACUUGAGCUACCACUCAAACACUACAAGCCACCUGUACAUCGAUGCAGUGCUGGAUUGCCAUUUCGGAUCAUUUUGUGUACUCUUUCCUUACUUAUUAUUCUUUCGUAACUUUUUUUUGUCUGCGUAUUAACUCGUUGUGCUGUAUGAUGUUAAGUUUUUAUCGUGUGUACGAACGCGUGUGUCUGUGUGUGUUCGUGUUAAACCGUAGUACAUGAAAGCUUUCUCUGGUUUAUUUCCCGAAUGUAAUGUGAGUGGUUGUAAAUAACGAAAUAAAUCAUUCCCAAAAUUACCAGAGGGAUAGUCAGAUAUAGUCAGA